AUGGCGGCCAACCAGCCGGCCGCGGGCCCGGCCGCGGCGCAGCCCGGCCAGCACCCGCCGCAGCAGGCGGAGCCCGCAGGCGGCUUCAGCACGCUGUCGGCGGCUAAGAAGACAAUUGGCAAGAUCUUCGGCGCCGGCGCCGGCUCCGCCUGGUCCGCUGACGGCAGCAGCCAGCCGGCGCAGGCCAGCAGCCCGGCAGGCAACGGGCUCAUAGCCGCGUUCCGCGCCAUCAUCCCCAAGACCAGCAACGGCUCCACGGACUCUGCUGCGCAGGACAGCAGCCCCCAGCACCAGGCACAGGGCAGCUACCUCCCUCCCCCGGCCAGCCCCGGCCGCAAGAGCCAGCUGCUGGCACUGCACCCCCAGCUGCCCCCGUCGAUGCAGCGCGCCGAGUGGUGUCUGGAUGACUACAUCGUGAUGGACAAGCUGUACACGGGUUACGCCUCAGUCGUGUACAAGGGCAUCUGCAAGCGCAGCAAGGAGACCGUGGUGCUGAAGAGCUACACGCUCAGCGCCAUCUGCGAGCUGUACCAGCACCAGAUCUACAGGGAGGUGCGCCUGCACAGCAGCCUGCACCACGAGAAUAUCGUGAAGCUGUUCGCCGCGUUCAAGGAGGGUGACCGCGUGGUGAUGGUCCAGGAGUAUGCGGACGGCGGCGACCUGUUCACGCUGCUGCAGAAGUAUGGCGGCCGCCUGGGGGAGAAAGUGGCGGUGCAGAUGGUGCUCGACCCCUUCCUGCGCGUGCUGCAGUACCUGCACACCCGCUCCAUCGUGCACCGCGACAUCAAGCCCGAGAACAUCCUGUUCACCAAGGGCAGCAUGUGCCUCAAGCUGGCUGACUUUGGCCUGGCCAUAGACCUGCGGGAGGAGCGCGCGGUCACACGCGCCGGCACCCUGGAUUACAUGGCCCCAGAGAUUCUGCGCUGCCCCUACAAGAGCAAGCCUGAGGAGAACAAGGAGAAGGAGCACCUGCACUACGGCAACACUGUGGACAGCUGGGCCGUCGGCGUGCUGACCUUCGAGCUGCUGGUGGGCUGCCCCCCUUUUUACGACCAGAGCCGCACCAACACCGAGGCGCGCAUCAAGAGCAGCGUCCCCGCGCUGCCAGCAACGCUGACGGAGGGGGCCCGCAACUUUGUCUGCGAGGCGCUGAGCAAGGACCCCACGACGCGUCCCACCUGCUUAGACCUGGUGCACCACCCCUGGAUCGAGAUGCUGCGCGCACGCCGCUCCAUGCGGGUGCUGCCGGCCCCAUCACAGCUCGCUGCCGCGGCGGAGGCGGCCCCCCACAUCACCGCCGGCGCGGCCGCGGGCCCGCAGCUGGAGGCCGCCGCGCUCAAGGGCGUGGCCUGCGAAGCGGCCGGGUCGCUGCAGCGCCUGGAGGGCCUGCUGGCUGACGACGGCUGUGCGGCCGGCGUGGGCGGCGGCGUGCAUGUGUCGGCCGCCAGCUCGCCGUGCCUGGGCGGCGCGGCGAAGAUCACGGCGCUGAACCAGCUGUCUCGGGCGGCGGCCGGCGCCGCGGCGGCUGUGGCGGCGGGCCCGCAGGCCGUGCAGACGCUGCCGCCUGUCCCAAUGGAGAUGUGA